AUGGCUAAAGACAACAAGGCAUAUGGAUCAUUUCAAGCGUAUACGUCUUGUAGUCGGAAUCGUGAAAAAGCAGAAGAAUUUGGAAAUACAUUGUUCAUCAUGGAAGUAUUGAUAGCUUUUAUUGCUGAUCUUAGUCCAUUAUCCGAAUAUACUAAUGAAGAAGAAGAACUUGUUACACCAGGUGUUUGUUUUCGUGUUGAAAGUGUUGAAUUCGAUCACAAGACUAACAAACAUUUGAUCCACUUGCUACUACUACAACGAUUUUCGGGUAAGCAGGGCAAUUUUUUUCUAAUGAAUUUUGCAAUAUGAAACUAUCUUUUCAUAAAAAUCUAUUCUUAUUCGAUAUAUCACAUUAAGAUCGUAGUAAUUAACAAAAUUACAAUCUCUUCAUAAAGCUUGAAUUCUGUAUAUAUUAUCAUAAAUAAUAGAUUAACAAGUAAUCCAAAAUUUAAUGUCCAAAUGUUAACCAUAUUUUAUGGGUUAAAACAUGCGUGAACAACCUUGAAAAUAUAUCUACAGAAUCGAACGUGUUACCCAUAACAAGAAUUACCCUCCAAGAGUUUUCUACAUAUCUCUUCCAAUUGUUGAUGAUUUGGCUUACAUUUUUUCAAAAGAUAGUCCGUAAAAUUCUCUACAAAGUCGCAUAACUGGAAAACUCUACUUUAUUCGUAAUAAUAUGCUCUAAUAAGAUUUGUUUUCAAGCUUUUAUUCUUGUUUUUUUCCAUUUUGAGCUCACGAAAAGCUGUAUCAAUUGAACAAGUAGUUUCUUCGCUAUCAUGUAUACCUUCUUUAUUCACGUUUUAAGAAUUUUUCACACAGGUUUCAUACAAUAUUUAUUUAGUGAAGUCAAAUUUUCCGCUAAUGUGGCUUCAACUUUAUUAUUGUCUUGAAGGAAAUUUUUUUCUAAAAUUUAGACCUGAGAGGACUUUUGCGAAGGCCUUAUCUUCUACAACGAGUCAUGCGAGUAAGAAGAGCAAUCCACGGUUUCAAUCUGUUUUUCCAAAAAUAUUGGUCACAGGAAACGGCAAAAAAAAUUAUCUGGAAGCUCUUUUCUGAGCUCUAAUGGAACCAGUACGCUUAAAACUAGAGAAACCCUGCUUUAGAAUAAUAUGAAAUCUGUUUAGUUAGACCAUAAAUAAUUUCGAGAGUAAUUCUUUGAAGGUCACACGUUAUAUCGAAAGCUGUUUUCACUGCAUAUAGAGAAAUGUUCCACAAGGUAUUGUUUUUCAAUAGUGAGCAUCACAGAAUGAAUCGAACCGUUUUUUUUUCUGAAUCGAGUUCGGCUCGAUAUUAUUCUCUGAUCAGCAUUCUCUUAGAACGAAGAACUUCGUUAUACAUUCCAAUGUGAUACAUUGAUUUGUGCUGUUCUUCUCCGGUUAAACACAACAUUCCAUUCUCUGCAGUCAUGGUAGAAAAACGCACGAUGUUGUUUUAAAUGACAUGAUCGAAAUUUUGAAAGAAAUUGACUUACCAUAUUGAGUUCAAGCUGAAUGUAAAAACAAUGAUGAACCGAUAAAAUCUUUUGAGAACUAAAAAAACCCAAUUUUUAAUAAAGUUAAGUAAAAUAAUGGCUACGAAUGAUCUGAAAUAUUCUCUCUGUGAAUAUCUUUGCAGUAGUGCGUAGAAAAGUAAAAAAAACAAUAUUGAGUAAAACAAUAGGAACAUUAAUCUAGAAAUAGCUUCAUAUUUAAGCCUGAGUUUUCUUCAUGUUGUCUGAAAAAAGUGCGGAGUAUUGUUUCCAUAAUCUAUCCGAAAACAGAACUGGUAAUCUUAUCAAAAAAAGAUAAACACCCUAGGCUGAGAUGAAUCGAAAGAAAUAGCAAAAUCUAACGGAUCGGUAUGUUCUGCCGAAUUUCGUUUCUGUUAGAAACCAUAUUUUAAUGCUCUUUAAAGGCAUGAUUUGUACUGGCAGACAAGGCCUAAUAGAACAUGUUUGAACACAAAACUAGAAAGAACUUUCUAUGCAGAUUCUAUGCUUGUAUACUCAAGCUUAUUCACAAACGUCUUAGCCGAUGAAAAAUAAGUCAAGACUUUUUGCAUGAAAUUUUUCAUCGUAAGUUAGUUAAAAAUUUGUUUAUAUAAAUGUAAACUACCAUCUAUAAGUACCUUUACAAAUAUCAAGACUUACUGUAUUCAAACGCAAAAUACUGAAACCCGAUCUAUUUCAUUCACAGAGAGAACAAAUCUACAUAGUUUAAAUAGUAUAUUUAGAAUAAUAUUAUCUAUAUAAUCUCAGUCAUAAAAUUCUAAUCUUAUUAAAAUCCAUAAUUUCACCCAAGUCUCGUUUUAAUUUCCAUUAUGUUGACUAAAAAAUACGAUAUAAUGUUUAAACUUGUGAAAAGAAGAUUCUAGAGUAUUGGAUAUUUGAAAAUCGAUUUUUCACUUGCUUUUUUCCUGUCUUCAACAUAGUCAUCAAUCAC